AUGAAGUGGGUAUUUACUGGAGGAAUGCGAAGCACACAACUUAGUGAAAGUCUAAAUGGAACAUUAAGGGGAUAUUUGAAAGGUGAUCAUAACAUUGUUCAAUUCUUUACUCACUUUAAUCGGAUUGUUGUAGAUAAGCGAUAUGAGGAAAUUUCUGCAAUAUAUAAUUCUAGACAAAAGUUGCCAAGAAUGAAAUUGAAAAAGUCUCUUAUUUUAAUCCAAGUUGCGAGUUUGUACACCCCUCCUAUCUUUGAUUUAUUUCAUUGUGAGUUGGAUACGUCCCUUUGUUGUCAAGUGAAGCAAUUCCAUGAGUUAGAAGGAGAAGUUAAGUGCGUGAUUGGCUUGUAUGGUAAUGGUAAAGAGUAUAUUGUGGAGGGUAGGGUGGAAGUUAUUGGGCUAAGAGGAGAAAAAAGUUGUCAAGAAAUACAUUGUACUUGUAAGAAAUUUGAGAACUUUGGAAUUUUAUGUAGUCAUGCAAUCAAAGCACUUGAUAGAAUGAAUGUUAUGAAAAUUUCCGAAAGGUAUAUAUUAGGCCGAUGGAGAUUGGAUGCAAAAGAUUGUGAAGUUGAAGAAAAAAAUGUUGUAGUGGAUGAGGAUGAUUCGAAGUUGUUAAUAUUAGCACGUUAUAGAGAUCUUUGUCCAAGAACGGUGAAACUAGCAACUCAAGCAUCUAUGCACAAACCUGCCUAUCAAUUGGCUGAUGAAGGAAUUAAGGAAUUGUGUGUAAAAGUAAAUAAUAUGAUAAAGGAAGUUGGAAAUUUUGGUACCAAUGAAUUAGAUGUGGACGACCCCAACUUUGCACAAGUUAAGGGCAUAAAGAAGAAAGAUGUUGGACACAAAGGGAGGGGUAGAUUAAAACCUUGGCAUGAGAUGAUGAAUAAGAAGACAAAAGUUAUUUCACAACCUACUCGCCUUAGUAAGACUAUUGGUCAAUCAAGCAACACUACAAAUGUUCAAAAUUCAUCCUCAAGCCAACAACAGACUACAUUGUAUUAG